AGGACUCCGAGGAGGGAAGGGGGGCACCGAGUGCCCCCCAAAAAGUGGCAUUCUAGCCACAGUGAAAUGGAGCGCUUUGACUUUGCUGACGGGGCCUGGGUAGGGGGGUCCGAGAGCUUCGGUGGAUGGAUCAAGCGAUGGCUUUACCCUAAAACCACUCCAGUCCCUGCAGCCCAGUCCCCGUCCCCUCCCUUGGGCACUGAGGUGGCUCAGAGUUGAAGGCCACUGCCUCUGGGUCAAACCGGCACAGUGAAUCUUGGCCUGAGGGAUCUUGCGCCCUCUGCAAGAGUAGACCUCUUUGGGUUCUGAUAAACACUCUGUGCAAAUCAUAUGCAAAUCAGCUUAGCAGACUCUUAGUCGACAGCUUUUGUGGGUCUUAUUCAGGGCGUGGUAACUCUUGCAAAGGGAAGAAGGCAGCGUCCAAGUGCCAGCAGUUUGAGGCUGUAAAAUUUUCUGGUGUCUUCAGAUGUGCGACCCCGUAUAUCGCUCUCAAUAGCUCAAUUUUACCGAUGAAGGAAACCGAAACUCAGAGAGGAGCAGUGACUUGCUCAUGGCCACUCCUAUAGGUCCUAGGAGGUGUAAUGAAAUGAACCUCGAAUGUCCUUCCAAUCCAGAGAUGGAGAUUCCAACGUAAUUAUCCAAUACAAGCAAUUUACACCAAAGUAUGCUCGAGUCCUCCCCGUCUGGGAAGGGUGGCCUGCUGCCCAGAGCCAGCUUGAGGUGACCGUGCAGGGCCAGCCAGCUCUCCAAGCCUCGCCUGCAACAUUCCUCAGAUGGAGAGAAUGACCCGCAGCCGCAUCCCCCAAAUGUCAUGAGGCUGAAGGACUUUGGAAACUCUUCAGUCAGCAGAUAUGGGUCCCCAGGGAACUGUUGCUCCACGAGGAAGGGGCAGACGCCAGAGGACAAUGAGGCAAGCCGGGACAUCUCAGAUCUUUCUUGGAAUGAAAUGAAAUUUACUUUUAUCCCCAAACUGUUACCCUGAUUUAAUGAAGACUCUCCUGAUAUCAAGUGGCUUGGCCUCGGACGGUGUAAGGAGACUCUGCAUUGGUUUCACCUUCAGGAAGCAGUCCUCGCCCAGGCUUCCAUUUACCCAGCUUGACCCCUCGGUGGAAAGAGAGCGCUCUCGUUCAGUCGCUGCGGUGCAAGCGCGGGGAGGGGAUGGUGACCUCUGGGCCUGUCACUGAGCUAGUCCCAGCGGUGGAGGAGGGUGGAGGGGCCGAGGGAUGGGUUAUGCAAGGGCCACACCUGGGGCACCUGGAGUCAGGGAGCGGGACCCAGGGCCUGAGAGUAGGAAGGGGACAUUCUCCAAAGGGAAAUCAGAGGAGGAGAUGGGGAUGCUGAACAGGCAGGACCCAUGGAGGCUGCCACAUGCCCCACAGCCCGUGGGACGUCACUGGCGGGACAGAAAUCCACAUGGUACCAGUACCGAGCUGUUCACCGCAGAGUUCUUUCCGACAGCCACCCUGGGUCCUGCCACUUCCCACCUCCUCCCAGGCUGGCUGCCUGGUCCAAGCCCCUGACUGUCUUUUGCCUGGACUGGUGCAGUAGCUGCCACCUGGGCUGGGCACGUUUCCUCCGUCACCUGACCUCUGCCCUGGCUCCCCACGGCAGCCCGAGGGGCCCUGAGUGUGAGGCCGGACCCCCAUGGCUCCGCUGCUCUGGCUUCCCUCUCCCUCGGCAUCCAGCGGGGGGUCCUCCCCAACCACGGGCCGUGGCCAUCCCCCCCGCCCCUCGCCUGCGCAGCUCUCUCCAGCCACGCUGGCUCCACGGCCCCUCUGUUGCUUCCUUCGGCUCUCUGUUCCAGUGUCGCUUGUUCCUGACCACCCUCCUCUCAAAGAGCGCCUCCUGUCCGCACCUCGUGCUCUGUGCUGUCUUCUCAGUGCCACCUGUUCCGACACGUUCUAGUGCAUGCCUGUCCCCAGGAGGGUGGGCACCGUGUCCCCAUGUCUAGACUGACUGGGUGCAUAAUCAACAUUAUGCUGAAUGAAGGAGUCACUUAACGUCCCUUUUUUGGACAGCGAUUAGUAAGUGGUGACCCGCUUGCCAGAAGCCGAGACAGUGCGUUAUGUCCCCGGGAUGCCCAGGGCUCGCCAGUGGGCUGCUUAAGCUCCUCAUUCAGGCGGUUCUUUGCUUUAGGUCUGUGUGGGGAAAGUUGCCAAAUCAAGUCAGCGAUAAGGUGUCAAGCCAGCAGCGUGGGGAGCGGGGUGUGGCUCUCUCUGCCGGGAGGUGGGUAGUUAGGAGUCGGUACUGGGAACAGAGAACAGACCAGUUGCCUCAGUCCCGUCACUGGUCAGCCUCCUCCAGCUGGUCUGGCCCUCCCGCUGGGGCUGCCCUUUCUCCGUGGGGCUGAGGGCAGCGUUUCCAGCCAGCGAGGCCGCAAGUUCACUGCAGGUUUGGCAGAGCGCCGUGGCCACCCCGCGCCUGCGCAGCCCCGUGUGUCUCUGUGUUUGUGGGGGCGGCCACCCUGUCUGGGGUCCUGGGCACCCAAAGGUCAGGAAGUGGCAGGGGAACCGGGGAGUCAUGGGAAGCCCAAGUGCCGGGUGCUCCCGCCAUCCCAACCUGCUCCGAGCCUCCGGGACCCUCCACACUCCCUCUUGCCCCUGGCCCUUUGCAGGGCUCUGCCCUCUCCCUGGAAGGGCCUUUCCGUUCUUCCUUCCCGGCUGGUUCCCUUCAGCCUCAGCUCAGAGGUCCCCUUCCUCAGGCCCGCCCCGAGCCGGCUGGACGGCAGACCUCCCAGGGGGCCCGGCGCUCACUCCACUCUGCGGCGGCGGGUCCACUGCCCCAGCCUGAGCCGCGUCGUCCCCCACCCCACCCCCCGCCCCUACAGAGAUGCGCUGGCAGCUGGGCGAGCAGCUGCGCUGCCUGGAGCUGCAGGGCGAGCUGCGGCGGGAGCUGCUGCAGGAGCUGGCCGAGUUCAUGCGGCGCCGCGCCGAGCUGGAGCUGGAGUACUCGCGGGGCCUGGACAAGCUCGUCGAGCGCUUCUCCGGCCGCGCAGGCCGCCUAGGGGGCGGCAGCCGGGAGCACCAGAGCUUCCGGAAGGAGCCGUCCCUCCUGUCGCCCUUACACUGCUGGGCCGUGUUGCUGCAGCAGACGCGGCAGCAGAGCCGCGAGAGCGCGGCCCUCAGCGACGUGCUGGGUGGGCCCCUGGCCCAGCGCCUGAGUCACAUCGCGGAGGAUGUUGGGCGCAUAGUCAAGAAGAGUAAGGAUCUGGAGCAACGGCUGCAGGAGGAGCUCCUGGAGGUGGUGUCAGAGCUUCAGACGGCCAAGAAGACAUACCAGGUGUACCACAUGGAGAGCAUGAAUGCCGAGGCCAAGCUCCGGGAAGCCGAGCGGCAGGAGGAGAAACGGGCAUGCCGAAGUGCCGGCACCGAGGCAGGGCCCCUCCGCAAGGGCUCCCUCAAGAAGGGAGGGCGGCUGGUGGAGAAGCGUCACGCCAAGUUCUUGGAGCACAAACUUAAGUGCACAAAGGCGCGCAACGAGUACCUGCUCAGCCUGGCCAGCGUCAACGCGGCUGUCAACAACUACUACCUGCGUGACGUCCUGGACCUCAUGGACUGCUGUGACACGGGAUUCCACCUGGCCCUGGGGCAGGUGCUCCGGAGCUACACGGCCGCCGAGAGCCGCACCCAAGCCUCCCAGAUGCAGGGCCUGGGCAGCCUGGAGGAGGUGGUGGAAGCCCUAGACCCUCCAGGGGACAAGGCCAAGGUGCUGGAGGUGCACGCAGCCGCCUUCUGUCCCCCGCUGCGUUUCGACUACCAGCCCCAUGAAGGGGAUGAGGUGGCUGAGAUCCGGGUUGAGAUGGAGCUGCGGGACGAGAUUCUGCCCAGAGCCCAGAAUAUCCAGAGCCGCCUGGACCGACAAACCAUCGAGACAGAGGAGGUGAACAAGACACUGAAGGCCACCCUGCAGGCCCUGCUGGAGGUGGUGGCGUCGGAAGAUGGGGACAUGCUUGACUCCUUCCAGGCCAGCCCCUCCACCGAGUCCCUCAAAUCCACCAGCUCGGACCCAGGGGUUCGGCAGGCCGGCCGGAGGCGGGGGCAGCAGCAGGAGACUGAGACCUUCUACGUCACGAAACUCCAGGAGUACCUGAGUGGACGGAGCGUCCUCACCAAGCUGCAGGCCAAGCAUGAGAAGCUGCAGGAGGCCAUUCAGCGAGGUGACAAGGAGGAGCGGGAGGUGUCUUGGACCCAGUACACACAGAGAAAACUCCAGAAGAGCCGCCUUCCCCGCCCCAGCUCCCAGUAUAACCAGAAGCUCUUUGGGGGAGACAUGGAGAAGUUUAUCCAGUGGCGGGAACACCCUCUCUGUCCCUGUCCCCAGAGCUCAGGCCAGUCUGUGCCCCUGGUGGUGGAGAGCUGCGUCCGCUUCAUUAACCUCAACGGCCUGCAGCACGAGGGCAUCUUCCGAGUGUCGGGCGCCCAGCCCCGGGUCUCGGAGAUCCGUGACGCUUUUGAGAGAGGAGAGGACCCCCUGGUGGAGGGCUGCACCGCCCAUGACCUGGACUCAGUGGCAGGCGUGCUGAAGCUCUACUUCCGGUGCCUGCAGCCCCCGAUAUUCCCCCCAGAGCUGUUCAGAGAGCUGCUGGCUUCUGCGGAAGCGGAGGCUGCGGCGGAGCGGGUGGAGCGCGUGAGCAGCCUCCUGGCCCGGCUGCCUGGACCGGUGCUGGUGGUCCUGCGCUACCUCUUCACCUUCCUCAACCACCUGGCCCAGUACAGCGAUGAGAACAUGAUGGACGCCUACAACCUGGCCGUGUGCUUCGGGCCGACGCUGCUGCCCGUGCCCGCCGGGCAGGACCCGGUGGCCUUGCAGGGCCGGGUGAACCAGCUGGUGCGCACGCUCAUCGUGCAGCCCUCGCGGGCCUUCCCGCCCCCGGCCCUGCUGCCCGGCCCCGUGUACGAGAAGUGCAUGGCGCCGCCUUCUGCCGGCUGCCUGGGGGACGCCCAGCUGGAGGGCCCGGCGGGGGAGAACGAGCCGGAGCCGGAGGCUGGGAGCCUGGCCCAGGAGGAUGACCCGGAGGGGGUUGUGGAGGCCGUGGCCUGCUUUGCCUACACGGGCCGCACGGCCCAGGAGCUGACCUUCCAGCGGGGGGACGUGCUGCGGCUGCACGAGCGGGCCUCAGGCGACUGGUGGCGGGGCGAGCACGCCGGGGCCCGGGGACUCAUCCCCCAUAAGUACAUCACAUUGCCGGCGGGGGCAGAGAAGCUUGCUGUGGGCCAGGGGCUGCCGGCCGCCGGGGAGCUGGUGAGCAGCCCAGAGGCCCUCCUGGCCAUGGAGCUUGUCCAGAGGCCAGAGCCGUGCACUCAACCCGAGGCCCCUCUCGGCACACCCGGGGGCCCCUCUGGGCACAGACGGCGCUGCUUGGUCCCAGCAUCCCCGGAGCGACAUGUGGAGGUGGAUAAGGCCGUGGCGCAGACCAUGGACUCUGUGUUUAAGGAGCUCUUGGGGAAGACCGCCGUCCGUCAGGGCCUCGGGCCGGCGUCCACCGUAUCCCCUGGCCCUGCGCCCCGCAGCCCAAAGCCCAUGGCCUGCGGCCGCCUUGGCAAGAACAAAGGCUUCCCCCAUGGCCCUGGGGCCCCAGCCUCACUCUUGGCCUCCCAUCCCCAGGGCCUGGACUCACCCCUCAAGCCGCACUGAGGUGCUACCGGUUCCUCUGCAGGCCCCGCCCCGCCCCAGGCGGCCACGGGCGAGACCGGCCGGGCUCCCCAGGCCCCUUGCUUCUCCCUGGUCCUGUGCAGCAUGCCUGCUCGUGACUGUCUGCAGAGAGGAGGA